AAAUUUCAUUAUAAUUCAGAAAAUAUUUACAAAAUACAUUCAAAUGUCUAACUAAACAAAAUGGCGAAAUAACGGGAAUAGUAUAACUAUUAACUACAAUUACAAUGACUUUUAAUUGUAUAUUUGAUUAUUUGAUAUAUAUUAUAAUAUAAUAUUAAUUAAUUAUUUUACUACAAUUCGCUAAUAUUUUUAAACUUAUAAUAUUUAUAAUUAUAUUAAAAAUAUUUAUAAUAUUUAUAAUAUUUAUAAUUAUAUUAAAAAUUAAAUUUUUAUUUUUCUACAAAUUAAUACAAAUAAGUCAUAAUUUUAUAUAUUGUUUUUAAAAAUUAUAAUGUUAAUAAAUAAUAAUAUUAUAAUAAUGUAAUAUAAUAUUUAUAAUUAUUAAUGAAAAAGAUAAAAAUUAUUCCGAAAUUUAUUUAAUAUUAGAACAUAAUAAAUUCAUUUCAAAUAUACUAAAAAUAAAGUCAAAUAAAUUAUAUAUAAUUAUAGAUAUAAUUAUAUAUAAUUAUAUAAUUAUAGAUAUAAAGAUUAUUAAAAAAUAUUCUAGAAUAGAAAAUGUAAUCUAAAAUAUUUUAAAAUUUCAAUUCUUAUGCGAAUUAUUUAUUUUGUUUAUGAUAUACAAUUAUUUGCGUUUUAAUUUUUAUUGUUUAUUAAUUUUUGUUUAAAUAAUUAUUAAUUUAAAUUUUGAAUAAUUUAAAAAAUUUUUUUGAAUUACUUAAUAAAUGAAUUAUUAAAGAAUAUUUUAUAAGAAUAAUUAGCAAUUUAUAACAAGCAAUUUUAUACGUUACAUACUUCGGUUAAAUUCGUUUAAAUUCGUACGUGUCCGUAGUAAUUCGGAUAUUUUUCGUCCGUGAUGAUUCACAAGCAGAUGCGAAUUACAAUAUCGUUCAUGUACGCGUUUAUGUGUAGUGUAUAUUUUGCUCUUUGCGGGAGCUCAUUAUUCUUACGUAAAGAAAAAAGGCAAUAUAAAUAUACAUAUAGUUUCAAUGAUCUUAAUUUUGUAUUAUAAAUUUAAAAUAAAUGAUACAAGGCUAGCCAGCUGCGCCAUUCUUGUUGUGUGACAUUUAUAUUAUCAGCCACACUACGCAUUUUUUAUAUUAUUUUAUUUUUUCAUUAUUGCUGUAGUGAGCUGUCAGUCACACAUUGCAGGAAUGGACACAUCGGGCUUGCCUGUACCGGAUGCAAUCCACCCGCUACUUGAACAAUUGCAAGAAGCCUUGGUCCUUGAAGUAAAAUAUCAACCUAACCUUCAAUUGCCUAAUAUAACACAAAAUGAUGAAAUAACAAUUGGAGCUCGUGAUGGAUCUGCUCAUGUUUUAAGAUGUUUGAAAGUAUGGUAUGAUCUACCAUCAGAUGUAUUUUUUGUUGCUAUUAAUUUAAUGGAUCGAUUUUUAACAAAAAUGAAAGCAAGACCAAAACAUAUGGCUUGUAUCAGUGUAUCUGCUUUUCACAUAGCUGCUGUUCAGUUAGCACAGUCAUUGGAUGCUGAUCACUUAGUUUCAAUUUCUCAGUGUAAAUGCACAGGUGGUGAUCUUAAACGUAUGUCAGAAGUAAUACGGAAUAAGUUAGAAUGGGCACCUGGUACUCAACCUAUUACAUCUUUAACUUUUCUUCAAUUAUUCAAUGCAAUGUUCCUUGCAAUUGCAUCACACUUAGGACUAGAUAUGUAUACCAGUAUUGUUACGGAAUCUGAGCUUUUACUUAGGUUAGAAAUGGUUGCGUGUGAUGGUAAUUGUGCAAGUUUGAGACCAUCAGAAGUGGCACUUGUUUUACUCUGCACAUAUUUAGAUGGUGCAGUGAAUCGAUUAGACACUAAUACCGAUAUUCCCAUAUCAACAACUGCUAUAUCUAGUUCCUCUACUAUUAAUACAUCUAUAACAUCAAGACAUCAAAUGCUUAGACUUUUGGACUUUGCUAUAGAACUUCAAAAAAUAUGUAAGAUUUCAGACACAAGCUUUUUUUCUACACAUGAAGCUGUGGGUGCUGUGUUGAGCAAAUAUAAUGCUCAAGAGCAAACUCCUCACAGACAAAGACUGAUAUGGAGAUUAUCUUCUCGUACAGCACGCCUUUUACGUCCAACUGACAAAUUUACUUCUGUAUUACCUGUUAUUGCCGAACAUACUCCGGUUCCUUCACCGAGUAAAAUUAGAAAAAAUCGUAAGUUCGGUCGACGUCAUGGAAAUAAAAGACGUUAAGUGGCAGUAUCGAGGCCUUAAAAUUAUUUUUAAGGUGCUGGAUCAGAAGAUUAAUAUUUAUUCAACAUACCAAGAAAAAAAUUAGAUUUCAGUUUAAAAUUAAAAAUAAAUUUCAUUAAAAAUUAAAUAGAAAGUACAAAUAUCAAUGUAUUUACGUCGAAUAGCGAAAUUUGUGAUAUCUUUUUAUGACAUGCGUUGAAAAACAGCUAAAAAAAUAUUUCAGUGCAGUACCUAAUUCAUACUAAAUUUGAUUUUGAAUGUACUAAAUGUACUGAAACAUAUAUAUAUAUUUUUUUUAAUUAUAUUAUACAUUUUAUAAAAUGAACGAGAAUUUCGUUCUCAAAUUUAUUGAUGAUUAAUAUUAUAUCAAAAACAACAUGAAUGCCGUAAAAAAGAAAUAAAUAACAAUCGAAUGUCGUAUAGUAGUAAGAUAAAUGUGAUACAAUGUCCAUUGUAAUUCGUAUAUUAUGAAUUAUUAUAAAUAUAUACAUACCUUUGCAAAACGUGUUAAAAACACAAAAAAUUAAUUACAUGUGAUUAUAAAUAUAAAGUUAAAAAUUAUUUAAAAAAUAGAUUAUAAAUAAUAAAUAAAACUAUUUAGGAAAAUCAAAAUGUUUAAUAAAUUAUAAUGCUAAAAAUUA